CGCGUCGCGACGUCUGCAUAUGUUUACUUCGGUAUAUAAAUAGAAAUCAACAAAUUUAUAUACAAAAUAUGGAUUUUCCGUCAUCAAGUCCUCCUUUACCUUCUGAGAGCUUUACUGAAGAACUUGAUACAUAUUCUUUACAAGAUAAAGAGUUGUACGAUAAUUCUUUACUCAAACACAAUAACAAUAAUGUCAAUAAAUACAUGGGGAAUGGUGUGGGCGGGCCGCCCGGCACGAGAGGCAGAAAAACCUUUGCUUUCUGGAUUUUAGUAGGUCUACUGUUUACUCUAGCGAUUGGGAACUUAAUAUUGACCAUCACUAUACUGAGCGUUCUAAAACUAGGACACGGCAUGCAAAAUUUCGAAAUUAUUGACCAAGAAAACAUAUCAAACUUCUAUGGGGACAUAGAUUUGGAUCAUUUGUACAAUCGCGAAGGCACUUUCAGGGGUUUUUCUGGCGAUACAGUGGACAUAUCGUCUAUGGACAGCAGUGUGAUAUUUUCUUUACUGUCCAACCCAACAGGAGGUUUCCCUACAACUUUGAAGAUAUUCAAGAACCUUACAGUUCUAAAAGGAGUCAACACGUUUGUCAUAAAAACCCCAGAUGGCACCUCUAUAUUCACCACAACAGAACCAACAUUUGAAUCGCUUGGAACCGCCAAAAGUUUCACAACAAAGCAACUGGAAACGUCGCAAAUAAAAAGUGCCAUCGACGAAGAUUUGAAUAUAGAAAGUAAAAGUUUCAUAAACCUUAAAGGCACAGAAGGUACUAAAAUAGAAUCGCGCGAGAUAGUUUGGAGUGCAGAUCAAGAUAUCUAUCUAAAGACCGUAAACGGCUGUAUAAUACUUAGUGGGGAAGAUGGGGUGUACAUAGACAUGAAUAGGAUCCCUGUGGCACAACUAAGAAAUAACACCAUUAAAACUGGACAAUAUAAAGUCUGUGUUUGUAUGCCAGAAGGAAAAUUGUUUAGGAUUCCUAUUGUCAGCACUCAUGAGACAGUAUUUUGUGAUGACGUUGAUAUUGGCACCACUGGCUCUCCAUGUGCUUUAAAGGAAUAAGAUCAUAUUUUUUAUGUGGAAUUAACAUAUCCUUAGGUUUUGUAGAAUUUGACAAUAAAUGUUGACAUAUUUUUAAGACUUUAUUUACAAAAUAUCACAUUAGAACAAGUUUUCUUGUUGUCUAUACAUAAAGCUUCUCUUCAAAUAUUUUAUUAAAAUUUUAAGUAGAGGGGCUAUUAUCCAAGUACAAAUGUUCAUGAAGUAUAUCAAAAAACUAUACAAAAUCAGUGUCUCGUAGUCUACUCUAUAAUGGUCUAUAACAUAAUAAAUCACAAUCAUUAAAAUACCACUUAGAGCCUCCAAAGGACCUCGACAGUCUUGCCAAUGCGUGGAACCCAAAAAAUCCUUGAAAACAAUGUUUUCAGAGUACGACGUCAUUCCGUAACCAAACCCAAAAAAUAGACAGCUUAGUGUUAUGGCGUCAUUAGUAAGUCUUUUGGUGGAAACUAAAAGAAAAGUAUUAAACAAGGUGUCUAAAACAAUAAUACUCACUUACACAGCAUACUUAAGGCCAAUAUGGCGCUUCCAAUGAUGUAGAUAAUUUUUGUUCUUAGAUGCGAUUGUUUUGUGAUUGCUGGUAGACUCAUGAGGAAAAAACACCAUGCAAAGGCUAUAUAGGAAGAUAAAAAGAUGGAGUCUAGUGUCGUGAAUUUUUUCUGCAAAAUUUCACUCUUAACCAAAGCUAAAUAUGGCGCUGAUAUAAUAAACCAACUCGAUAGGAAUGAUGUUAACACUUUUGUUAUCAAAGGUGGGUAAUAAUUGAGAUUUGUAAGGGAUUUGAAUAGUGGUAUGAAAAAAUUGUGGGUGAAAAAUUGUAGCAAUAUCCUCCAUCGUCGUUUCCAGAGGUAGGAUUCGUAUGGGGUACAACAUCCUUGGUUGUCCUGAAGAAACAUUAUUUCGUUGGUAUAGUAUGGUAUUCUUGGUUCUUCAGUGGGUUGCCUAAGGUUUAUUUGGGGUACCUCCACACUAUUUCUCCUAUCGCUUUUGUUAAUUUCCUCCAAUUUAGCUGUUAUUUGACUUAAACGCUUCACACUUAUUUCAUUGGUCGACGAACUCUCACUCUCCUCUCUUAUGCGGGGUAAAAUAUUAACUCCAAAUAAUUUAUAGUAAUCUUGUAUCGGAUUUAACAUGACUACAUUCGCCGGUGCUCCAUCAUCUCUAUUUUCCUCCUCUUGUACCUCUUCAGCCCAAAAAUCAUUAGAUGGUUCUUCGUAAUCACCGGAUGAAGAUGAACUGGACGACAAUAUUAAAGCUUCAUUCUUGUUAUCAUUCAAAACCGCCAUUUCAGUCAUUGGUUGAGG